GGCGCAGCAGGGGCCGCCGGCCGCCGCAGCACGGUUUCUCUGGGACAGGCGCGCGAUGUACCGGGCGGCGGCGGCGUGGGUCCGGCGGGGCAGCUGUCCCCGGGCCCCAGGCCCAUGGAGCCGCAGUCAGAGCAGCGCUGCUGCCGAGGCCUCCGCGGUGCUCAAGGUGCGGCCCGAGCGGAGCCCGCGCGGACGCAUCCUGACGCUGGAGUCCAUGAACCCGCAGGUGAAGGCGGUGGAGUACGCGGUGCGGGGGCCCAUCGUGCUCAAGGCAGGCGAGAUCGAGAUGGAGCUCCGGAGGGGUAUCAAAAAACCAUUCACUGAGGUCAUCCGUGCCAACAUUGGGGACGCGCAUGCCAUGGGGCAGCAGCCAAUCACCUUCCUCCGACAGGUGAUGGCACUCUGCACGUACCCAAACCUGUUGGACAGUCCCAGCUUCCCAGAAGAUGCUAAGAAGAGAGCACGGCGGAUCCUGCAGGCUUGUGGCGGGAACAGCCUGGGAGCUUACAGUGCUAGCCAGGGCGUCAACUGCAUCCGAGAGGACGUGGCUGCCUAUGUCACCAGGAGAGAUGGCGUGCCUGCAGACCCGGACAACAUUUACCUGACCACUGGAGCCAGCGACGGAAUUACGACAAUCCUGAAAAUCCUGGUUUCUGGGCGUGGCAAGUCGAGGACAGGGGUAAUGAUCCCCAUCCCGCAGUACCCCCUGUACUCAGCUGUCAUCUCUGAGCUCAACGCCAUCCAGGUGAACUAUUACCUGGACGAGGACAACUGCUGGGCUUUGAAUGUGAACGAGCUCCGGAGAGCAUUGCGGGAGGCCAAAGAGCACUGUGACCCCAAGGUGCUGUGUAUCAUCAACCCCGGAAACCCCACAGGUCAGGUGCAAAGCAGAAAGUGCAUAGAAGAUGUGAUUCACUUUGCUUGGGAAGAGAAGCUGUUUCUCCUAGCUGACGAGGUGUACCAGGAUAAUGUGUACUCUCCGGACUGUAGAUUCCACUCCUUUAAGAAGGUGCUUUCUGAGAUGGGUCCUGAGUACUCCAACAACGUGGAGCUCGCCUCCUUCCACUCCACCUCCAAGGGCUACAUGGGCGAGUGUGGCUACAGAGGAGGCUACAUGGAAGUGAUCAACCUGCACCCUGAGAUCAAGGGCCAGCUGGUGAAGCUGCUGUCGGUGCGCCUGUGCCCCCCGGUGUCUGGGCAGGCCGCCAUGGACAUCGUCGUGAACCCACCGGUGCCGGGAGAGGAGUCCUUCGAGCAGUUCAGCAGGGAGAAGGAGUCCGUCCUGGGGAACCUGGCUAAGAAAGCCAAGCUGACAGAAGAUCUCUUCAAUCAAGUCCCAGGAAUUCAGUGCAACCCCCUGCAGGGAGCCAUGUAUGCCUUUCCUCGGAUCUUCAUCCCCACCAAGGCUGUGGAGGCCGCUCAGGCCCACAAGAUGGCGCCUGACAUGUUCUACUGCAUGAAGCUCCUGGAGGAGACUGGCAUCUGCGUGGUGCCUGGCAGCGGCUUUGGGCAGAGGGAAGGCACCUACCACUUCAGGAUGACCAUUCUGCCUCCGGUGGAGAAGCUGAAGACGGUUCUCCAGAAGGUGAAGGAUUUUCAUAUAAAAUUCCUGGAGAAGUAUGCGUGAGGCCGCCUUAGGCCCAGAGGGAGACCGAGCCCUCGGCCUUCCUCCUGAUGCCCACCCAGGCCAGACUGGACUCACCUCCCCCAGCGACUCUGCCUCAGGCCUCACGGGGCCGCCAGUCACGUGGCUGUAUCCCACAGGACUUCCUUCUCUGUGCCUUCAUGUUGGGAGCACGUAGCAAAUGUGAAUUGGGGGUGUCUCAGAGCCCUGUGUUUUCUCCUUUUUUGAUGCAACCAAAGUAGAGGGGACUUGCUCAGCAUACCUGGCCAGCGUUCUCUGUUUCGUUGCUUUUAGAAAGUUCACGUGGGGGUUAAAAUAAUCAGGGUGUAUUGGGUGAGAUGCUGCAGGUCUGCAGAAAUAGGAUGUUGGGAAAUGUCUGACUUUACGACACUAAGGACUGGAAAUCCCAAACUCAUCACCGUGAUCUGUGAAAUAAAACCCUCAGCGUUGUGAGAAUCUAGUCCUUCAAACAGGAGAGCCUAGAAGCCCGUGGAGGCUCUGAGGGCCCCAGACGGGGCCGGCAUCCUGUCUCAGCCGGGAAUGGCGAGAGCAGCAGGUGGAGGUGGAUGGACGCCAGGCCAGCCUGUGGCAGGCUCUGGGUCCACGGCCAAGGUCAGACUGGCUCCGGCAGGGGAGGAGGGCUGAGAGCCAGACUCCGAGCUGAACUGGGAUUCCCCUUGGGAGCGUGCAGCUGGCGGUGAGGAGUCUACACCAGGGCCGUCAGGCGAAGGCUUCUCUGAGCGUGACUAGGCUGGGGCUCCCAUCUUGAGGUCUUCCUGGACUCAAGGAACCCUGGGUACAGCCCAGCAGUUUCCCAGUCACAGGAACAGACCCUGCUUGGUGGUGGUGGAUCCCUCGCCCCUUAGCCAGCACCCCUCUCUCCCAGGGCUGGAUGAGCUUUCCACACACUGCCCCCUGCUGGCGACAGCGAGGAUGAGGAGGCCCCCCUGGGGGUAAGGGUAUCCUCAAGGACCUGAACCCCAGUGUCUGAGUUAUUUCAAGCUGAAUUCGGCCCUUUUCCUAGCUUUUCACUGGUCUGUGGGCCCGGGGCCUGGGCUGCAGUGGAAGAGUAUGUGGGAUCCAGUGUGAAGUUGUUGUUUUCACGUAAUGGCGGGAGGAUCAUCCAUGAGCUGCAGCUUAGCCGGGUUAGCAAACCUGAGUGGGGCAGGCAGCGUCAGACAGUGGGCGCAACAGGAGGCGGCAGGGUGCAGCCGCCUCUUCCCCGCGGUCUCCCUCAUUGGCAGCUCGGGAAGCCAAGACCUGCUCAGGAGUCUAAGGACCCAGCAAGUCCUGAGAAAUUGGAAGCGGCUGAAGGAGUGAGCCUGGGAGCAGCCUCCUCCACGGUGAUGCCCUUGCGGGGCCCUGCAGCGGCUGAGCAGGGACGUGUAGGCUCCAGCCCUAAUGUUGCUGCCCUCUGAAGUAGCUGUAGUCUCAGAGAACAGGGGGAUCCUUCCUUUAGGAACUGAGGAAAUUGCACUUGUGCUUAGGUGACGACACAGGAGGAUGUGUCCCAGAGCUGCGAGAUUUUUGGUGGAAGGGGUAAACAGGAGAAGCUAGUAUAUUUUUGAUAUUUUUGUAACAAUUGCUUUUUUCAUGGCGGGAGGAGGGGCUAGUCUUUGUAGUCUUAACAAGUCUGGUCGUUUUUUUAUAAAUCUCUUCAGAUUAUAAAUAUUCCCUAAAACCUUUGCAAUGUUUACAUGAUUUUUUAAAAAGAUGCCGAAUAUACUUGGUUUGCUUUUAAAAUAAAUGAAUAAAAACAACAUAGUCAGCUGGUUUAGGAAGCUUAGCUUUAAGAGUUAACUUCAGGUAGGGACAGCUGGGGGAGAGAUUUGACUUUCUUCGGAUUCUAUUCUGAUGAUUUUAUUUGGGCACUGCCAGAGCAAGUCAGGUCAGGGUCAGACUUAAAUCCACACCUGGGAAGUUUUCUGUCCUGCAUCUGCAUGUGAGGGAUGCUCGGUCACCUCACUCCUCGAAGCCGGGCCGGUUGUUCCAAUCUGUGUGGAGUUGGCAGGGAGAGCGGGCAGGGCUGCUGGGCCCUGUUUCCCACUCACGAUUCUCAUAGGCAUCUCCUGACAAAGGUACUUACUGAUAGCUCUGCUGGAAAUUUCUAAACAAUAAAAUACAUGUCCAAACUGA